CCAGUCAUUCGUUGCCCCUUCUUUUUGAAAGUCCUUUUUGAAAGUCCUUUUCUUCUUAACUAUCUUUCACCCAAAGUUGUUUCUAUCAUUUUCAUUUUCGAGAACAGGUUUCUAGUCAUGGCUGGAAAUUUUGUGGCAUUCAAUACCAUUGAGAUCAUUGGCUUGAUUGGUGCCCUUGUCAUAAUUUCUACUGCAGUUUUAUCACCUUCUAUUCACCGUCUUUCUACUUGGUAUCUGGUCCUAGGCAGCGGCGCUGCCUAUUCAUUCUCAAUGCUGCUUUUAGCAAUGGCCCAUGGACAAACUGGUCCUGAUCCUACAUUCUCGCUUUGUGUUGUACAAAGUGCGCUAAUCUAUUCCAGUCCGAUUUGGCUAAUGGCUGCAUCUUUUGCAUUUGCACUCCAGUUCCAUUUGACAGUACUUCACUAUGUCAAGCAAUAUAAUGGAAAAAUACAUCGUAAUAGCAAAUGGCUUCCUUUAUCGACAGUAAUCCUGUUUACUAUAUUGACCAUAGUAUUUCUCAUAGUGGGCAUUGUUCAGCCACAAGCUGUUCAGCGUAGCCCUGAACAAUUCUAUUGUCAUUUUACAAAUGACAUAGGGGUCUACUCUGUAAGUGUAUUCAGUGUGGCCUUUGCUGUUGGGUCUGUUGUCUGUGAAUCAAAGUCAGGCAUGCUUCUUUACCACCACUGGAAGCACAAGAAUGAAUUUUACCAUCAGUCAAAUGGCCAAGUUUCCAUUGGUGUGAUGAUCCGCCUGGCAAGCUUCAGUCUUCUCUCAAUUCUCUCAGUUGCCACUUGUGCUCUGUAUAUGCUUCCUAGUCUCCGGAAUUUUGAGAACAUUAUUGUAUACAAUGCAUUCUUGUCCAAUGUUGAUGUCAUUAUCCUGGGUCUCAAUCUGUCAAUUAUUCAAACAUGGAUGUUCUGGAGGAAGAGCCCAGCUGCUUGCAAGAUUGCUGUUCAAGUGAAAGUUGAACAAAGGCAUGUUUAGGAUUGUUGAAAUUCAAACCUGGCACUGUACAAUGAGGAAUCACGGAUCUUUUGGAACCCUGUUACAGUGUUACUACAGCUGUAUUUUGUUGCAUAACAUUGAUCUACUCGAGCCCAAUUGGGGGCAUUUCAUAGCAAAAUGUUCAUAGGCUACAUGCUUGAGCACAAAUAGGCCAGUCUUAUGGGCUCAAUGAUCUAGUGUCUUGAUUUGUCUAUCUUUGUUCAGUUUGCUUCAAAUAUUUUCUGUUGGGACAUGUAUAUUUUACAUACUCCCUGAAAUAGAAUACUUCGAUGGGCUCAUCGUGUACAAUGCUCUUAGUAAUUGAAAUUCAUUCAUUUGUUGAUUGGAAAGAUUUACAAUUACCCUAAACAGUGUAUAAUAUUAAUGUUCUUCUUUUGGGACUCAAUACAAUGGGGGCAGUUAACUCA